AUGGGCACACCAGGCAUCUACUCUUAUAAUAUGGCCUAUGUGGAAGCAACUGUUUUCAUCCAAAGUGCUGGUGACAGCUGUGACAUUUCAUAUCAAGAAACAUUACAUCAAGGCGUAGUCAAUGACAAGCUGGAGAUAUAUGCAGAGAAGUCAACAGAUUUCAGAAAGAGACCAAACAAAUGCUAUGUGUGUGCUAAAUCGUUUACUGAAAGGGGCAGUCUCAAGAAACAUGAAUUAAUACACACUGGACGGAGACCACACAAAUGCGAUGUCUGUGGAAAAUCAUUUACUCUGUCGGGCCAUCUCAAGCAACACGAAUUAAUACACACUGGACAGAGACCACACAAAUGCGAUGUCUGUGGUAAAUCAUUUACUCGGUCGAGCCAUCUCAAGCAACAUGAAUUAAUACACACUGGACAGAGACCACACAAUUGCGAUACACUGGACAGAGACCACACAAAUGCGAUGUCUGUGGAAAAUCAUUUACUCUGUCGGGCAAUCUCAAGAAAGAAACAUGAAUUAAUACACACUGGACAGAGACCACACAAAUGCGAUGUCUGUGGAAAAUCAUUUACUCAGUCGUGCAAUCUCAAGACCCACUCAUUAAUACACACAGGAGAGAGACCCCACAAAUGUGAUACUUGUGGUAAAUUAUUUAAUGUAUUGAGUUAUCUCAAGGCCCACAAGUUAAUACACAGUGGAAAGAGACCCUACAAAUGUAGUAUUUGUGGAAAAUCUUUUAAUCAUUGGGGCAGUCACAGGAAACACAAAUUAAUACACACUGCAUAGAGACCACUCAAAGUAUUGUUGAGAUCUGUAGACCUACACAUGUUCAUAGAAGACCACACGUGUUUUAUGAAAACUGUUCACAUGUGCUACAGAGAGGUCACAAAAAAUGACAUUUCCAUUUCCGCAGCUUCACAUUCGAAGAAGUUAGGUACUAAAUACAACAUA